GUUCGUAGUCAUUCGCUAGCCCGUCUAUCAAGUAUAUAGUUGUACGGUAGAAACUCUCGAGCAACCACUAGCAAAUGAACUCUUAACCUCAAAUAACUCAUUCAAUAAAUUCUUCCGCAACAAUGGAAAUAUGAAGAAUACUCGUGAUCAAGUGAGUACCCAUGUACACCCAUUUGGCCGGACUUAGGGCGGAAUUUAGCCGAAAGCAGUUAUUUUAACAUCAACAUAUUGACCAUUACCGGAAUAUUUAUAAAGCUUAUGUGGUAGAAAGAAUUCCCUGGUGUAUGGAUUAUCGAACGUAACUAACGUCGUACUCAAAGUUGAUAAGACAAGAGAUGGGCCACGGAUCAAGUCGUUCAGCUUCCUCAGCAAAUAUUCUCUCAGCUGAGGAGCUGACACUCGUGGAGAAUCUGUUCAAGUCAAUGUCUAGAAGCUCGGGUUCAAUAAAACGCGAGGAUAUAUUCAAGCACUGGUCAACCCAUCUCGACGAGGGACUUCUUCAAUUCGUCGUGCGUUUUCUAUGCUACGAGCCCGGAAAAAAGGUUUCCGCAAUAAAUGGUGAGAAUUUCGGUAAACUUUACGUUUACGCAGUAAGAGGAAGUCCCGAGGAGCGGACAAAUUUAGUAUUUCACGGUUAUUGCGAUGAGGAGCAAAAACUUGAGAUGCCAACAGCGACAUUUUUGGAAUACCUUCAAGCAACGAUAAACUCGUACCUAAGAUUGCAAAAAAAUUGUGGCAAUGGUCAUUACAAUAGUUGGAGUAGUAUUGGCUGUACAGUAAAUACUCGAAGAAUACAAAUGCGAUCAAAAUCACUGUGCGAGGAAUUGAUAAAAUACGGUGACGUAUUGACCUAUGAGCAAAUUGAAAAUUGGUACAAUCAGUCAGCUACUUUUAAAGCCAUUCAAUCACACGUAUUUCAGUGCCUCUUUUUAAUAUCACAGAAGAAAGGUGACAAAAAUACAAGUGCACGGAUCAACGACCUAAAUCUUCUGCCAAUUUGCAAGGGUCUUGAAAAUAUACCACAUUUUCCAAGUAUCCUUGGCCUUGGUGACGUACUCUUCUUAAAUCUCAGUCUACCUCAUGAAUUAAGAAAGGAAUGGCGUUUUUUGUUUUCUAGUCAAGUACAUGGUGAAUCAUUUUCAACGAUGCUAGGACGUAUACAAAUGCAAGGAUCUACGAUAAUUAUAAUCCAAGAUACUGAUGAUCAUGUUUUUGGUGCAUUUGCCAUUGACAGUUGGUCACUUAGUCCAAAUUUUGUGGGGAAUCAGUCGUGUUUUCUAUUCAAAUUAGAUCCACAAAUUCUUACAUUUCCAUCGAGUGGAUAUAACAAUCAUUAUCAAUAUUUGAAUCAACAUCAACAGACAAUGCCAAAUGGUCUCUUGAUUGGAGGACAACUCAAUUAUCCUGGUUUGUGGUUAGAUUGUGAGUAUGGAACGGGAAAAUCCAGUCCAUCUUGCACGACCUUUCUCAAUUAUGUACAAUUGAGUGGCAAGGAGAAUUUUACGAUUAAACACCUGGAGGUGUGGGGUGUGGGGCCUCUGCCAGAGGUAGAGGAGGGCACUAGAGACUCUAGAUCAGUCCUCGAUCGAGAUGUUACGUCUCGAGUGAUGUUAGAACUUUCGGGUAAAAAAAUCUACAGUGAUGGUCUUAGAGACCAACCAGAGGAAACUUAUAAAUAGAAUACGCCGCUCAUGUCAGCACAUCGAAUUCGUGUUCUUGAAUUCUUCCUUUCAAAUCCUCAUUCUUUUACGAAAAUUAUUCAAUCAAUGAACUCUACAACGGCCUGAUUUUCUAAACCCAUAUUAUCAAUAUCAUCUUCACGAUCUCUCUGUGAAUUUUGCACCGAUCAUGGAAUUUGAUGUAAAGUAUAAUAAUAAAAGUUAUAGAUGGAAAAGAUUAAGGAAAUCUUGUGAUGAAAAUAAGUCAGUAAUGUAUUAUUAAUAGGAAAUCAGCUUGAAACGAAUUUGGUGAUUGCCUCGCAAAUAUCUUAAAAGGAGCAAUAUUUAGAGAAAUUAAUGAAAUUUUUUUCGUACUCUUAUUCCUCCGUGAAAAAGAUCUGGUAUUUUCUCUAAAAAUUUUGUCGUCUUUGAGAUAUUUGCCCUAGAAAAAAAUUGCGCAACAGAUCAUAGGUAUAUAUACGUUCUUUCAAUUGAUUACCCAACUAUUUUGGUAACUAUCAAUUCAGAAGACAACAAAACCAGUUGAGGUAGCUUUUCUAUAAGGAAUUUCUGAAAUUAUGUGAAUAGCAUUUUUCGUCACUAGGCCGAAAUAAAUUUUUCUAGCGACAAUGAGCUAGGUAAAAUGUUUUUAUGCGGCUAAAUGAUGAAGAGUGUCUUUUUACGGGCAUAAUGGCUAUGUAAAUCUUUUGAUAGUAUUUGCAAAAACAUCUGCGGAAAGAGUUUCGACUUAUCCCUUUUAGCUAGACAUUACAUUCCUAUAAGCUCGAAGAGAACUGACAAAAACUCUGUUUCUUUAUUAAUGUUUGUUUUCAUUUAACUGGUUGGAAAAAUAAAUUUUAAAGCUGUUUGAAUAUGUAAAAAUAAAUAAAUGAAUAUGUUAAAAUUC